AUGUUCAGCGCAUUCAGCCAGUCGACUGCGAGUCUAGAGAGCAGAGUCGCAAGUCGACGGCAAUAUCGUCGGUCAGCCUUGUUACCGGCUGCUCUUAGUAUCGUUUCUUUCUCUUUGACAUUGGUUCUCGUCCUCUCUGGUAGGCAGGCCGAUCAGGCGAGCGACGUCUACUUCCUCUCGAUAAGUCUGACAUCGUUGAAUCAAUCCGGCACAACCUCUCGUGCCAUUCAGGCCCCCGUCCAACACCAUGGACUUGCCGGCCGCUCACCAAAUCCUGAUCCCUCACAAACAAUACCAAAUCCCUUGGAGAUUUUAGAGAACCCAAUAGGCGCUCUUCAAGGUGUUGCAUCUUCUAUACCAAAUCCGUUGGUUGUUCUCGAGAAUCCGGCAGCCCUGGCAAGCCUGAUUCCGAAUCCAGCCCAGAUUGUUGGGAGCCUUGAGUCUGCGGUUCCAGCCGCUGCGGGUGCCAUUGGUAGUCUGCUGGGAAACAUCACGCACGGGAUUGAAGGCGAAAUUCAAGUCAUCGAGAAAGCCUUCAUAGAUGAGAUCAGCUCCAUCAUUGGCAUCAAGAAUCAGUACACCUUCUAUGUCGCAAAUGUCUGCAUGGGGAUGCCCCUGAACGAGUCGUCGAAAGGAGCAUCCGGGCCCAUGUCGGCAUGUCCUCGAUACAGCGAACAAGGAGUUGGAGUUGAGGAUCUCGUCUCCAAGAUACCUACGAAAAUUCCCUUAGGGGUGGCGAACAUCACCAUACCCUUCUCGGGCCAGAUUGCCGACAUCUUCGACUCGUUCGACGACAUUCUCUCGGCACUGGGAAACAUUCUUUUUGCAUUCUACAUAAUAGCCCUCGUCGGAAACGCAUUACUUAUCAUCAGCUCAAUUUCGGGCGUGAUUUUCAGAUCCAGUAAGCUGAACAUGCUGGCGAACAUUCUGGUCUCACUUUUUGCGACUGGAUCCCAGAUAAGCAUAGGCGUAAUCACCGUCACCUUGGUUCUCGCUGUUGGUGGUACGAUUGGAAUGUUAGGGAGAAACUUGGGCAUUCAUGUUCAAUAUGGCGCAAAGGCUUUGGCGUUCAUCAUUCUCAGUACCUUGUUUACUGGUGCCGCGGGGAUUUACUGGUUUGCCAUUGCGUUCAAGAUUCUCUUCGCGAUACUCAACCAUCAACGUCAAGAAUUGAUGGAAAGAGCCGCAAAGACUGAGAAGAUACGGGUGGGAAUGGUAGUCUAG